AUGAGUGGAAAGCGUGGGCAAUACGGAAUCAUCGGCCGUGACAGCUCGAUGGGGCUGCGACGCGACCGUUGUGGGCGGAGUUUUGAGACGAAACAAAAACCCAGCGUGCCAUCGAUCCCAGAAGAAGAUUCAUCGAGAAGAAGGAGACCAAAAAAAGAAGAAAAUAGAGCAGUCGACAAGCUGAAUGAUGACAAAAAAUUUGAGGACAAUAACGCCAAAUCUGCUGGUGGAGCCGAGGAAAAGACUCGAAAGAACUCGGAUUCGUAUCGACAGAUAGAUUUGAAGGGGAUUGGAUCUAUCAAAAGUGGUAAGUUUUUUGCCUUUUUUAUGAGGAUGGCCUUUUCCGAUUUUUUGUACAAAAUUUUUUUGGCACUUUGCGGCAAAAAAAUAGAAAAAAAGAAAAAAAUCGGAAAAUUCAAAACACUGAAAUUUUUUUUAUCAUCCUUGGUGACUAAUUUUUUCGAUUUUUUCAUGUUUUAAUUUUUUUUUAUUUCUUCUCUUUACUUUUGACUUUUGGGUGAACCUACUAAAAUUGACAAUUUUUUUUAGAUUUUUUUAUAUUCGUAGUAUUUUUUCUUUCUUUUUGGUGUCCUUCCAACAAAUUGUAGAAAAAAAAAUUAAAAAAUCAAAAAAAAAAUAAUAAACAAAACCAUCCAAAAACUUACAAAAACAAUAAAAUUGCGUUUUUGAAAAUUUCUGGCAUUUUUAAUUUUUUUUUCUGAUUUUAUUGAUUGCUUUAUUUUUGUAUUUUUUACGUUUUUUUUUGAUUUUUUAAUCUUUUUUUUACUUCUUCAUUUCUCUAUAUUUUUUAUAUUUUUGGGGUUUUUUUAUUUUUUUUAUUCAGUUCUUUGCAAUUUUUGCUCUUUUUUCAACUCUAAUCAAGCCUAUUUUCCGGUCGUUCACAUCCCGAUGCAAUUCCAAGACAACGCCCUGACUACGGACUCAUCGGCCGUUAUGGCUGUUGUCCGGGCCGAAAACCACGCCCUGGAACCAUUGAUUUGGCCAAGGAAAAGGAGAGGUAUUACCGUCGGAAGAUGCUGAACAAGCCGAUGAAAAAAUCAACGGGUUCCGAGGGUGAAUCAACCGCUAGAUCGACUGAAACUGAAGAGAUAAAGGAAAAGGAAGGGAAGAAAGUUGAUCAGAAGGAGGUCAAGUCUUCGGAAGAGUCAGUUGAAGCCGAGCGAAGUCAAACUGAGUCGUUUCACAGCCCGAAAAUGGAGCUGGAAGUGGUUCAGACGCAAAAUGGUGGGUAAUAUAACCUUUUUAAAUGAUAUCUCAAGUUUGAGCCGUUCGAUCUUUCUGAAACUUGCCACAAAUUUUAAAUGGACUUUUCCAAGCGUUCUGUCAAAGUUUUAGCCCGCGCUUUGCAAAAAGAACUUAGAUUUUUUGAUCGAAAAAUUAAAAAAUCUCAAUUUUUUUUUUGAUUUUUUUCUCUUCAAAAUAUUUUGGAUUUUAUUACCAGUGAGGUUACAAACAUCUCCACCAAAAAUCAAAAUUUUCCCAGCCCAAUUCGAAGAGUUAUUGACAAAAACAUGUUUUUUCUCUGACCGUCUCUCCUCAUUUUGCGUGCUCUCUAAGAUCUUUGAAUAUCUUGGCUCUCGCUGAAUAUUAUGAGCUGAAAUUUUUGGUGAUUCAAUUAUAGUCUCUUCAGAAAAGUUUUGCAAAAUUUGAACAAAAUCGGAGAGUUAAACUUGAUGUACCUUAUAGUAGAAGAUCAAAACAUUUUUUUUUUUUAAUUUUGAUUUUUCAGCAGAAAAAACCCGUCACGUCAUCGUUUUGGCCACGAACAAUGUUGCUCUGGUCCGUUCUCUCCUUGGAAUUUAUACUGUAAAAUUCCCCCCGGCUUCGGAGGGGAUUUCCAAGGUGAUUUAAAAUUUUGAACAAAAAAUUUUGAUUUUUUCAGAUAGACAUUGGAUUACUGCCCACAGUUGUCCAGAUUUCAAGUGAAGACGAACUGCAGAUCUUUAUUGUGCGUUCCAUCGAAAGCUUGGAGGAAAUUGCCAUGGAUAAUGUGAUCGAUGUCAUAAUUUUUUGUCAUGAAGCCGGAAAUGAAGGAGAUUAUCGCGCUGUCAAACGAAAUGUAGGCCCUACAUUUUGCUGAGACCACUUUCAUCUAAUUUUUUUCAGCUGAUCCAGCCAUGUGAGCAAAAUUGCAGACGAAUUCCGCGAAUUUCGGCCGCGAUUCGCACAAAACCCACGAUUGAAAGGGAUAUUGCGGGUGAACCGCUGGUUCUGGACGUUGGAAGUCAUAUGGUAUUCGAUCAGGAGCUCAGUGGUUGUGUUCAGACCUCGGUGGAUUUGCUGGAGAAACAAGAAACCACUGCUCAUUUGUUCAAUGACGCGUGGAUGUUGUCGAUGAAGAAAAAGUGGAAAAAAGAGAUGAAACAGAAGUGCCAGAGGAACGGGAGAUGCUUUGGAUAG